AAAAAUAAAUUCGUAUAGUUCAAGAACAGCUUGAUCCCAUCACGCAACUAACUAUAUUUACGUUUUCAGGCAUGUCACGGCUUUGGUAAUAGAAAGUUCGAGAUCGCUCUGUUGUACUGUGGGCAGGCAGGCAAUCCGAGAGCGUCUUUUUUUUUUCUGCUAACUGGGGAUUCGACCAAUGACUCAUCAGCUGGUCUGGGAUAUUUACCCAGAGAAUCUAUAUAUAUAUACAUAUAAACAACCACAGCUCUGAAGAAAAUCCUGUGUGCGAAUCCUACUCAGAUAGUUCUCCAAAAAGAAGUUAUCCGGUUUUCAUAGUUAAGAAUGGCAGUGCCAUUAGCUGCAUUACAACUGAGCUCAGCACCCAGCCUGGAGAAAAACAUUCAUAUCAGCGACAGAGAUAUAGGAAGGAUUUUACAUAACCGGGAAAAUGACAUCCUGCCUUUACAUUCUCCUUGGACUUUCUGGCUUGAUAGAUCUCUACCAGGAACAACAGCAGCUGAGUGUGAGUCAAACCUGAAGAAAAUCUACACAGUGGAGACUGUACAGAACUUUUGGCGAGUUUACAACAACAUACCAAGUGUCUCCAGCUUGCCACUGAGAUGUAGCUAUCAUCUGAUGAGGGGAGAAAGGAAGCCACUCUGGGAAGAAGAAAGCAACGCUAAAGGUGGUGUUUGGAAGAUGAAAGUACCCAAAGAGUGUACUUCGUCUGUGUGGAAGGAGUUGCUAUUGGCCACUAUUGGAGAACAGUUCAGUGAUUAUUGUGCCUCAGGGGAUGAAGUAGUUGGGGUCAGCAUCAGCGUAAGGGACAGAGAAGACAUAGUUCAGGUCUGGAAUGGGAACGCUUCCUGUGCCGACGAGUCAAACGUCUUGGGAAAGAUCUACGAGCUCCUCCCUCAGACUCCUUUUAAAGCUGUGUUUUAUAAACCACACAAGGAGCACCACGCUUUUGAAGGAGGUCGAACAAGACACUAAAUGUUUUGCACAUUAGAUGUUUUAAGUUGUGCAACAAUCUUCUUUGCUCAUGAAGUUAUUCAGUUAAUAAAUUAAAUUAGGUUAAAUACGGUGAAUAUUCAGUUAUUCAUUAAGUUACUCAGGUAGAUUAGAAAUCACUCUAGUUCCCCUUGAUUACCUCAGUUUAGCUCAAGUAUUUUCAAUCAAUAAAACUUAAUUUCACAUGAGAAUCUCUGAAAUUUGUAACAAAAUGCAGUUAAUAUGGUUCAAUACACUAUAAUAUAGUUUUUUUUUAAUGUUAUCUUUGAAUGUAUUUCUAUAGGGGUUUUUUGUACAGUAAAGUUUUAUAAAUGCAAAAGUUGAUAUUAGUCAUUUUUAGAUGCUCUCUAAAAUACAAUGUGCCGUUAACCAAGCUUAGAUCUUUUCAAUGUAAUUAAUUACAGGAAAUGUCAAGUUCCAUUAAACAAAUAAUGUACAGCAGGAAAGGAGCAUGCUGUUGAUAGAAUACAAUAACCUCAAUGCACAAAACACCUUGAUUUGAUUCCGGGAAAUAUAUGCAAUUAAUUUUAAUUUGUAGAAUGUUCUUUGUUGUGGUUUCCAUUUUGCACCUAGUUUCGUUUGUUUUUUGUAUGUGUGUGCAAGACAUCUAAUAGUCCCUCUAGGUUUAUGUGAUGUUGUGAUACUGGAGACUAAAUGCACUUUGGUUUUAUGUCACUUUUUGAUGAAAUGUAAAAUUGUUUGAAAAUUGCUUGUUUUUUCAUGGCUUUGUUUUUUGUAGUAGUUGAUAAUUUUAUUGUCAUAGUGGUGUUCUGUUUUUAAUUGAUCUUUGUUCAGAUUAAAUUUGUAACUCCUGCAGUUUACAGUUUUCGGUCACCAGGGGAUUUGUAGCUUGUGUCUACACCAAAUCUCCUGUAGUUUCUCUCAUAUCCAUACGUGUGAAAAUCAUUCCAGGUAGUAUGACUAACUGCAUUUUUGUAGCCUACAAUCGGGUUAACCAAAUGUCAUUUGUUACUGCAGAGCUGUGGAGUACUCAUUAAGACUAAGGCAGUGCCCUUUUUCAUUCCUCUUAUUAAAAUACACAUCAAAACGAGAAAUAAUCUGAAAAUAACACAGUUUAGCAAACUUACUUUAUUUAGCCUUUGUUAGUAAUUCCUAUGCUCAUUAAAGUGCACGCUGUUGUUUAGGAAUAAUACUCUUGUCCUGCAUAUAUAUACUGCUGACGGAUCACUUCAGAUCCGAGAUCUCAUAACCGAUUGUUGAUCUUGGAUUGUGCCUUGUGUUUAUCAGUUGUUUACGAUGUUAAAGUCCUCCCUGUUCAACAUGGUGAAAUUGUACAUCGUCAUGUUUCACUGUUGGAUUUAUAUGUGUUGGACAUAAAAAAAAUAAAGAAUUCUGAACUUUUA